AUGAAUGUAACAUAUAUCACUCUUGAUGGCCAUGUAGAGGUUGAAAAAUACAGAUAUGUUUACUUUAUUUUAAUGUUUACAAGUUAUAUUUUGAUCCUGUCCAGCAAUACUACAGUUGUUAGUAUGAUUGUGAUUCACAAGAACCUCCAUGAGCCUAUGUAUAUUUUUAUUGCUGCGUUGUUAAUGAACUCCAUGCUUUUCAGCACUGCGGUUUACCCAAAGCUUUUGAUAGACUUUUUCUCUGAAAAACCUAUUAUAUCUUUUCAGGUGUGUCUCUUCCAGAGUUUUUUAUUUUAUUCUUUAUGUGGUUCUGAAUUCUUGCUUCUGGCAGCCAUGUCUUACGACAGAUAUGUGUCCAUAUGUAAACCUCUGCAUUAUCCAACCAUUAUGAGAAAAACUAAAGUAAGUAUUUUCCUUGUCUUAGCUUGGUUUGUACCUGCUUGUCAUAUUAUUGUCCUUGUCGUUGGAUUUGCUCAUUUAAAACUCUGUAGCUUUACUUUGAAAGGCAUUUUUUGCAACAAUUCAAUGAUUUAUCUUUUCUGUGUGCCUUCAAGGGCACUGAUGAUAUAUGGCUCAGUUGUUCUAAUUAAUAUUAGUCUUCUUCCAAUGCUUUUCAUACUAUUUACCUACACAGUGAUACUUAUAGUAGCCAAUAGAAGUUGUCAGGAAGUUAGGAAAAAAGCUGCACAAACGUGUUUGCCUCACCUGCUGGUUUUAAUCAGCUACUCUUGUUUGCUUACUUAUGACGUGAUUAUUGUUAGAUUGGAUUCUGAUAUUGCAAAGACUGUACGUUUUGUAAUGACAAUGCAAAUAAUAAUGUAUAAUCCCCUUUUCAAUCCAGUUAUAUAUGGACUGAAAAUGAAUGAAAUUUAUAAACACCUGAGACGGUUGUUAUUUCAUGCUAGAGGAAAGUAA